AUGGGGGCUACAAAGAGACACGCCUCGUCUCACUCGAGUCUGUACAACAGACUAGUAACCGUGGCCGUUGCUUUCGGUUCUAUGACAUAUGGCUACUGUUCGGCCAUCAUCGGGAGCACCAUUGGCCAGCCAGGAUGGUAUCAAUUCUUCGACCUCCCCAUGCAAGGGGAGCCAGGUUACGGCGGAAAGACCACAGAUGCAAUUGCGACGGCGAACGGUUUAUACAGUGCAGGCGGAGCAGUCGGAUCUCUCUUCAUUGCUUGGUCAGCUACUGCCAUUGGCCGCAAACGAAGUAUUCAACUCGGAGCUCUCUUGGCCAUCAUCGGAGGCGCGUUUCAAGGUGGUGCCGCGGCGCUGGCCAUGUUCCACGUUGGACGGGUCAUAUCUGGACUGGGCAUUGGGAUCCUUGUAACUGCUUGUCCCAUGUACUUGUCUGAGUUGGCACCGCCUGAGAAUCGUGGCUGGCUCGUUGGCCAUCAUGCAAUCUUUUUGGUGUUUGGAUACAUGCUCUCCGGAUGGCUUGGAUACGCGUGUUAUUUUGCCACGGACAAGAACCCGUCCUUCGCGUGGAGGUUUCCCUUGUGCGUCCAGACUCUGCCACCGUUGGUGUUGGGAGUCACGUCAAUCUGGAUCCCCAAGUCGCCGAGAUGGCUCCUCCAGAAGGGCAGGAUCGAGGAGGCCUGGACCGUCAUCCAGGCUCUGCGCCGAUCGCCGGACGACCCAGACGACCUUGUCGCGAAGGAGGAACUGUACCAGACCAAAGAACAGAUCGCCCUGGACGCCGCGAAACUCAGGGCGGUGGGAUACGGUCCGUGGAUGGCUUGCAUCAAGAAGAAGAGCUAUCGCAAGAGAAUGAUUAUCGGCUUCUUGACGCAGUGGGGAGCCGAGUUUGCCGGUGUGCUGGUCAUUAACAACUACAUGGUCAUUCUGUACACGAACCUCGGGCAGACGGGAUCCAUGCCUCUGCUCCUCUCGGCGGUCUGGCUCACCACAGCCGGUGUCAUCUACAACCCCCUGGGCGCGUGGCUCCACGACAAGGUCAACUCGCGACGGUUCAUGUACCUGUUCGGCACGGCGGGAUGCCUGGUGACGACAUCGAUCCUGUGCGCUUUGCUUGCGACGUACGCGGGCACCACGGACAAGGGCGGCAACGCGGGCGGGGUGUUCAUCGUGUUCCUUUACCUAACCUUCCAGGGCACCUUCUGCGACACGACCAUGUACCUGUACGUGAGCGAGAUCUUCCCGACCGAGAUCCGGCCGAUCGGGAUGGGCUUUUCGCUGUUUGGGCAGUUCGCGGCGACGCUGAUCCUGCUGCAGACGGCGCCCAUCGGCUUCGUCACCAUCGGCUGGAAGUACUACCUGGUGAUUGUGUGCUGGACCGUCGUCUACCUGCCCAUGAUCUACUUCUUCUGGCCCGAGACGGCGCGCCUCUCGCUCGAGGAGAUUUCCAAGCAGUUUGGCGACGACGUCGCCGUCCACGUCAACGACAUCAGCGACGAGCAGCGCCGCGAGCUCGACGACUUCCUCAAGUCAAAGGACAUUGUCCACUCGCCGUCCACCGUGGUCGGUGGUGCCGACGACUCGACCUCCCCCCCCACCACGGAGAUUCAGGAAGAGGCCUCGGAAAAGGUCUGA